AUGGCCCGACUCGUGGCCGACGAUGGUCCAAGAGGCGAUGCAGCCGAGUUCUGGCGCAGCGCAGAGUGGUGUCCCGACGGCACGAGCUUUCUCGCGGCAUCAGAACGACGUCGUCUCUCCCUCUUUGCCCUACCCGCCUCUCUGUACUCUGAACCGGCGUCAGUCGAGGAGUUGACGCCUCAUACCACUCGGAGCUUUCCCGCUGCACUUCUGAGCUAUGCAUGGUAUCCCUACGCCAGCGCAACGAGACCGGACACGUUUUGCUAUGCUACAAGUGUACGGGACGAACCUAUCAGAUUGAACGAUGCCCCUUCGACCAAGAUCAGAGCUUCUUACCCGCUCGUCGAUCAUAGAGAACGCUACUGCGCUGCACAGUCAUUGGCUUUCUCACCCGAUGGAACUAUGCUCUACGCUGGUCUGGAGUCCUCUGUGGCUGUCAUCGACAUUGCGCGGCCAGGCGAUGAGCCACUCGACUAUCUCGAUCUAGCUCCAGACUCAGGCACAUUCAAAGGGCCAUCGGGAUUGGUGUCUGCGCUCGCAUUCUCACCUCACAACCCCGAGUUGCUAGCAGUGGGCACUCUGGGACCGAUCCAUCGCAGUCUUGCCCAAGCGGGCAUCUACGAUCUUACAACCUCAAAGCUCUGCCUCACACUACCGCCGCGCUUAGCCAAAGCACAGAGAUCACAAGCACACCAAUACGGCGGCACGGGUAUCACAUCACUCUCUUUCAGCGUACUCGAUCCCAACCUGCUCGUCUCGACUGCAAGACAAUGCGAUCUCGUGCUCCUGUGGGAUAUCAGGAACCCGAGCCACCCGAUUGACGAAGGGACGACUACACGAGUACUUAGCCGCAACGGCAAGACAAACCAGCGUUUGGGCUUGGACGUGUCCAAACGAGAGCCACGAAUGAUGUUGGGUGAUGCGGAUGGCCAUGUCUCUGUACAUGAAGUGACCACGCAAGAGGCAGUGUAUGGAUUUGAGGCUUCUCGAGAGGCCAUCGGAUCGGCUCAUUUCCAUCCGUACCUGCCGCUUGCACUCAUCACAACAGGGGAGAGGCACUUCAGCGACUCACUUUGCAGCGAUGACGAUAGCGAGAGCGAGAACGAGUCAGAAGCAGAAGCGAAGCUUGCAAGCAGUCUACAGAUUUGGAAACUGUGA